CGCAACCAGAGACGCGUCAGAGCGCGCGUCUAAAAUGGCAAAAUGGUCCACACGCGCUCUUCUCUUUAUAGGAAUAAUAACGGUUUGGCUUACUUCUGACCCUUGUCUAAGCGAUGCACAUCAAGAUAAACUAGAGAAGCAUUACCUGCACUAUAUGUUUACAGUCCUGACCAAAGCAGAUCUAUUCCCAGAGUUCACUGUUGUGGGUGUUGUUGAUGACAGACUGAUCUCAAACUACAGUAUUGAAGUUCCAGAUUGGACAAGACUAAUUCUGACAGAAGAUUAUGGGAUUGAGACUCUUGUACAAUCACGUGACUCUGAAGACUGGUUUAUGGAUCAGGUACACAUUCUGUCAAACUGCACAAAUUGUUCUGAGCUCCAUACAUUGCAGAGAAUAGUUGGUUGUGAAUUGGAGAAGUUUCCUAAUGGAACAGUGAAGAGUCUGAGAGCAUUUGAUGAAUAUGGAUUUGAUGGAGAGGAUCUUAUUGCCUUUGAUAAUGACACAAUGCUGUGGAUUGUUGAAAGUCCCAAAGCCAAAGAAAUGAAAAAGAGAUGGGACCUUCAGAUAGGACGAAACCUGUGCAUCAAGGAUUUUUUUGGGAAAUGCAUGGAAUGGAUCUCAAAAUUUAACAACACACAUAAGAAUUCACCAGAGGUUUUCAUCUCUGCAAGGAGAGAUUCUGAUGAUCACACAAAGCUGAAUCUGAGCUGUCUGGCCACUAGUUUCUAUCCCAGAGAUAUUGAGAUGAAUAUCAGAUUGAAUGGAUCUGUUCUUGACAACCAAACAUCUUCUGAAAUCAGACCAAAUGCUAAUGAAACAUUUCAGAUGAGAACCAGUGUGAAGAUCGACAUAAACUCUGAAGGAUCUUAUGACUGUUUUAUCCUUCACAACAGUCUGACAGAACCAGCUUCAGUAGGAUGGGAUGGAACAUGCUCUACAUUUGAGACAGAAUCUGAUCAGGCCUUUGGAGUAAUACCUUUGGUUUCAGUUGUAGCUGUAGUUUUUGUCAUGAUCUGUUCUGUUGUGAUUCUUUACCAUUGCAGGAACGAAUCCAGUGAAUCUUUCCCUCCUCUGCGGAGAAGUCGUCAUCCUGAUUAUGGUUCAGUGAGUGAGCAGAUAUCGAUGAGGACUGUUGCGAGUGCUGGUUCUUCUGAAGAAUAGCUCACUGUUGAUGAAUCUGCAAACUAGACUGGAGUGUUAACAGGUGUUACAUUUCUGUUCAUUCAGAAUAGAAACUGUGUAUUCUAGUUAUCCAGCUCUGUUCAGAAAAACUUUUGUUUUGUGGGUUUUUUCUGUCAUCAUGUUCUAAUCUGAGUCAGCUCUUAUCACAGUUCUUGUUUAUGAGGUUGUUUAUGCUCACUUGAAGUAUGACACUGUUUUUCAUAGUUGAGCAACAUGAUCUCAUGAGAAUACAUGCGUAUUUUUAUGUUAAAUAUGGUUCUACCACACGUAUAUUUACUUACGUUUUCAUGCACAUAACAACGUACAACUUAGACGUAUUUAUAGCAGUAAAACGUACAAAUACUUACAUGUUAGCAGCUAAAAAAUGUAAUAAUCUAACGUAAAGUGUGAAUGUAUAUGAAUUCCCAUGUAUUAAUAUUAAAAUCGUGGCUUUAAUGAUUUAAAUCUGUUGUAUUUAAUUGUCAUAUUAAUAUGUUUUCAUUGAAUUUAUUGACAGCAGUUUACUCAUCUACUUAAUAGGAAAUAACAUUUCUGUGCAUGCUGCAAACUCGUUUCGGGGGAUUACAUAAUGUUGAACGAGACUACACUUUGAAACAUUAAAAUGAAUACAAUUUAUGUAAUUGUUUAUAUUUUGCUGUGCGAUUUUCUCCUAAUGACUGACAAUACAACCAUAG